AUGAGUAUUGAUCUUAGUAGUUUAGAGGCACAUGAAACCAACUUACUGAACGAAAUAGCAAAUUUAGAGAAGCAACUUUCAAAAGCAGUCGAAAUUAAUAAUCAGCUUGAAGCCUCAGCACUUCUUCAAUCUUAUAUUUAUUAUAAACAAGAACGUCCAAAAAGAUUACAGUCUGUUUUUCAAGAAAUGGAAAAAUCAUUAUAUAAAACUGAAGACGAAUUGACCAAAGAAACACAUGAAUUAAACAGUCAAUCUGAGGAUCUUGAACGCGAAUCAAAACAAAUCCAUACAGAAUGCGAAAAUAAAAGGAAAAAGCUAGCUGAUUUACUUAAAGAAAUUAGUAAAAUGCGUGAAACUGCAAAACCUAUCGAAAUUACACCUCCUUCAUUUGACAAAAUGUGUUCUCGUCAAGUGGAACAGCUGGCUAGACAAUUUGCUGCCACUGUUGGAGAUGUUAAUGAAGAAGAUUUAAUUAUGUUUCUCGCAAGAGGAAAAUCAGAUAUUGAUAUCGAACAAAUUAUCGAAAAGGCGCGAGCAUUAGGACAAGCACGAUACCAAGUUAAAUGCAUGAGCUUAGUUAUCGAAUGUUUAGAAAAGGCUAAUGAAACUUUAAGAAAUUUGGAUUAUGAUGAUUUUCAUAAUACUGCUGAUGGUGCAACAACUUUAUCGAAUACAUUAGAUUACAUUUCAAAUCAGCUGUCAACAAUAGCUCAAGAAGCGGAUACAAUUCCUGUUUCUUCAAAUGUCCAACAACAAAUGGAUGAAAUUAACGAAUUACAAGAAAAGCUUCGCCAGCUUAGACAGAGAUUAAUAAAUGCCCUUUCAUCAGAUUCUGCUUUCCCGAUGCCCCCAGAAAUAUCUAAUUCUGAGAUGGAGAAAGAAGCGAUGAAGGAAUGCAUUAACGCACUUAAGCAAUCAUCUCAGUCGUUUAUAGAAUACUUAAAUAGAAUUGAUUCAGAAAAUAUUAUCGAUACAAGGAUUGCAACAGAAGAUGAAAUACGUAAUAUUCUUCAGAGAUAUGAAGAACUGAAGCAACUUACUGUAAAUUAG